UAAAGUCAACUGCGUCGAUUAGUCAUUCUGUAAAAAACUAGUCUUAAAUAUUCGUUUUUAAGUGCUGUAGUUUAAGUAAUAAUUAUGCUGGCAUACGAUCUCGCUAUUUGACAAAAAUUUCACUAAAAAAUAAGCAGCGUGACGUCACUACAUCGCCAUAUUGCAGGGCCUCUUUGCAGAACCAGCUUGCUAACGCUCUGCCACCAGGGGCCGCCACUUUCUACGAGGUGAACAGCUGCUGAACGACCGAGCUCAACCCCCACCCAAAAUAUUUGACUGAGGCCGCUGUAGGCCGUCAUGAUCUUUGUGAAGUGUCUGUGAAGUGCUCUCGUAACGGAUAUACGGUGCCCUAUAACUGUACUAUGUGAUCCCUCGGCCAAGGCAGACAGGCUGAGAGGAGAAUGAUUUCUGUCAGCACGCGACAAGAAUAAGGACAGCAACCAUCAAAACAGCAGCAGAGCGUCUACCAGCUCUCUCAAAUCGUAAUCCAGUUGCUCCAGGAAAUUGCCGGCGGUGUCAGGAGCAGUAGCGGCUGAGCAGCUGGGUAACAGACUUCGUCGCGCACUAUUGCAUUCCUAUGUUGCAGUAUAAAUGCCACAUUGCGUUGCCAAUGGUUUCUCAGAAUCAGUUGUUGCAGUAAUUGCGACUUCCACGACGAAUUGUUUGUUUACAUUGGUGAGAGGGGCGGCAAUUGAAGCAAGUUUGCUGGUAUCAUUGGUCAUGCAAAUUUAACCUAUCAUCUCAACUUGCGUCAUAUUGAUUUGGUGCCUUGUGACCUGGCGACAUGGCUUUGUCAAGUACUGGUUACUACUGUUGUUGGCCAUCAGGCAGGGGAUGACUGCUCCCAGAAUGUAAUUGCCAUCCAGUUUAUAUCCUAGCUAGUACACUCAAUGGUUGCUAAAGACUCUAGACGUGGGCCACGAGUCAGCCGUUUGGGUGGAGGCCUGGCUUGUGAAACGUCCCAGUUGAAAGAAUCUCUUCCAGCGGUGACUCCUUCUGAUCACCGUAUUAAGAGGUCGAAUAUGCUGAUAUAAUUAAAUAGCUAGUGACUCCUUUUACCUAGCUUCUGUCGAAUACAAUCAGCGUUAAUAUUUAUACUUAUCGUGCUAAUUCGUUUUUGUCGGGUAUUAGCUGUGGUUAAUUAUGAGUAAUAACUUUUUUAUGUGGAAGUACACAACGUUCCCCCUUGUCUGCGUGUCAAGAUCGUUAUAGACUCCGCAAGCUUGUAACACCUCCGAAGGUUGUGUUAUGAUAUGACCAUAGUUUAUUUAGGUAUAAGUCAACGUAACUACAACUAUUCGCCGCUGUGUCGAGAUGUUGUCGCCUAUGGCAUCAUGAACGUAAUCGUUGACCGCCCAGCGAUCUUCGAAUGCUGCUAACUUAACUUUUCGUGUAAGCGUAUAUCUCACACGAAAUCUAUGCAAGGAAGGAAACGCUUUGCAUGUUAUAUUAUUUAGCUACACUAAGAAAAGAAGCCGGUCGCACCAAUUUAGCCAUUUAGUUAUAGAUAAUCAUAGUUUUGUUACCCGGACGUUAUCCUCUGCCAUCUUAAAACAUCAGCUAAAUUACUACGGCAAGAGCGCAUUUAAGGAGCGCAUUACGGUUAUCGCUGUACAAAUAUAUCCACCAAGACUUCUAGUGAGAGGAAAUAACCAGAUAAACCACUUGAUGACGGAUAGAUACGAUAUCUAUAUGAGCGCAAGCAUCGUCGAUACUUCGGUGUUACGUCUUUGUUGUUGUACCUUAAAUUCCGCAGUUUGCCAGGCUCAUUGCUACAGGAACUGUCGUCACUCUCGGAGAGUACUUACUACGUGAUACCUUGCGAACCUUCUCAUCUACGUUUUACAACACUGCUGAUUCUUUCAAGGCCGUAACAUUCCUCUUCAGCGUACCUACAUCACAGAAAGAAACAGAAUCGGUUAGCUGUUAUGGUAUCCUGGGUCGCAUCAAAACGACGGUCAUUGGCUGACAGGGAAGCUAACGGAUAAAUGCAGUUAUUAAAGCUCUUUGAAGUUAUUACUGCCUACACACGUAAAGGUCAUAACUACUUAGGUCAGGGACUACUGUGCGGUUAGUUGAUGGAUCGUGUUUUGUUAGAGUUCGGAUGGAAAGUAUUUAUCUGUGUGAGAUGAAUGACCUAGUGUUGCCGAUAUGUCGGCUCGGGUGAAUGAGGACGAAGGUGGAGGCGGUUCGUCCCUUAUUGCAACGAGUGGCGUGGCCAGCAGUAGCCUUCUGUUGUUGGGUCGACACGUAAUGGACACAUCGGCUUGUUCGGCCCUUCAUGAUGAGACAGAUGAACUACAGUGGAUUGCCGAUUCGUUCCACGAACAGAGCGCUGCUUCGGCGGCUGUUCGAAGCAGUUGGGCCGAUCUGAAUCAUCUGGCUAGUUGGACGAGCCACCACAGCCACGCUAGACACUGUCGACACACGCCGAUGCAGCGCUCGAUCCUCAACAUGGACCUAUCGUACGAGGACUUCAGCAAAAACAUGGAUGCGAAUCUCGCGCAGAUCGACAUGGAGACAUUUCGGUCGGAAGACAUCAACCAUGCGAUCCUCAGCUUGCAAUCAGCUCGUGCGGGUGUCGGCGAAGAGUGCGCGAGUCUGUCUGGUUCUCUUAUAGACGAUCUUCCUAUUGAUUCGUCACAGAGGGUGAAUGAGAUCUGUCGGAAGACACCGUUGUUUUCGCCCCUGAAGGAAGCUUCAGUCCCGUCGGCGUCGCAUAUCUUGAUGGCCGACAGUUUAGAUUGUAGUUAUCAUGGGGAUCUUGUGCUAACUUGUCGUGCCACUAACAAAAACAACUAUACGCUUGCCUUCGAACAAAGCCAAAUUAUCCACCCUGAUGGAGCUUCGGAGGAUUCGGAGUUGGCCGGCAGUAGCGAGGCGCAAAGCAAUUGGUCAGGCUCAGAGAACGCCAAUGACAAAAGCGGUUGUGCGACAACAGGGCGUGGCGACGCAAGUGUCGCAGGAAGCAAGAGUGGUAUGGUGCAUUCGGAAUUUGCAUUCACGACGUGGUCGAGAGUUUCUAGUGACGGCCGCGAGGACUCAGGCAAGAGUCACUCGCUUCCUGACCUGCUGAAGAGGUCUAUGACGAAGUCGGUUUUGCAGAAGACCUGUAACACUCUGUAUACGAUAAACGACUGUCAGGUGAUCGAAGAUCGGCGGUCAGGAGUUCCCCUUUUGCGGAUGUUCAUGGACAAAGGAGGACGCGGUAGCCAAGAAGUCAUGCAUUGCUCGUCAAGUACGACAGAGACUCAGAACGGUUGCCGAGCUGGUUCCGCUCUUGGUGGGACUGGUAAUAAAGAGGCAAACCCAUGUCAGGGGGGUCACACGCGCAUUAGUUCAGGACAGUUUCCAGGCGAGAAGGAUGAUCCGAUGGACGGCUCAUUUACGCUGCCGUUAACUACUCUCCCGAUAUUUAAUGCCCGUAGCAGCAAUGUCUCGCAGGCACAGGAGCUGCUUUCUGCUAAUGCGGUCACUAACGUCCACCAAGUCAGAGCUCGCCAGAAGCUGGAUAACACGUUGAACAACAACACCGUGAUAUUGGAUGACUCGACGACUCUUAGCGAAGAAGACGGCUCGCAGUGCUUUGAGGAUAGUCUCGUCGGGCUAUUGGCAGCGCGCCGUGGCUUCACGUGCCCCGGAGUUAGUGCCACAGCCACCGCUCUGACUUCCCCCAUUCGUGAAGAGGAUGAGCAGUGCCUUGGUAGCGCUUCGUCCUGCGACGAACCGAUGCGAGAUGUGGGCACGAAUUCGUCAACGAACUCUUCCGGAAGCAAUUCGACUGGAAACGAUAGCAACAACCCAUCUCCGCCGUACGACAGCAAACCGUUGCCGAAAAUCAACAAUUUUGUUGGCCAGCGUGUCUCGCCGGCGCGUCGGGGUGAGCUAGUCGGUUCAGAGUCAAGUGGCUACAUUAGCAGACAGAACUCCAACGACCAGAUCAACAAGAGCCCUAAUGCACAGCAGUUUUUGCUUUGCGCAGGUAAUCGGAGAAGCACACCCAAGAUGGGAAGCCUCCAGUGUUCAACUCAGGUCAGGACGGUGGCCAUCCAGACAGGACCUCCCUCCCCAACACCCCAUACCGGCACUGAGGAGCCCGAUUGCCAUGUGGUCACCCCCGAGCAACUUCUGGAUCCGCAAAGCACCCCCAUCAAUAAGAGCAUCUACGUUUGCUAUCCCAAUUACUCGCUGCCUGACCUCUCCUUCCUAAAAGACAUCAAACCAGGACAUGCCGUGGUCCUGCAGCCAACCGAGAUCGGCCAAACCACCAAGCUGCCGGCACAAACGCCCCCGGCAAAGGAGUCAGUGACUCAACAUAUGAAUUUGGUUGCCGCCGUUGGUACUCCGGCUCGCCGCCGCGCCCAGAGCAGCGGGCCAAAGUGUCGGCCGAAGUCAUACAACGAUUGUGAGGCUACACUUCGAACAGGCGUCGAACGUAUCAAAGACUGGGAGUCGCUCAGCCUGCUGUUGCCUGACGACAUCAAACUGAUGGUGAAGCAGAUGCGAGGCGAAGUGCAGGCGGCUCAAGCUGCUCAGACGACAACUGCUACAGCUGCAGCAGCAGGUGUCCCAGGAAGCAUACGAAUGCGUGAAAAGGAUAGUGGCUCACGUCAGCCGCGUCCGCUACGAAUAGACCAGAUUGCGGGCACCUACGAGGAGGUGUACAUCAGCGGAGGUGCCGGCGUACAUAUUGAUGAGCGGGACGGCUCCUCCCUGCGAAGGCACUCACUUCUCAAUCUUCCAAGUCUCACCGGUCUCAUACCCACCGGGCUUGACCUCAACACCGUUGCGACACCACAGCAAACAUUUACUCAACAAACUAAUUCAAAUAGCUCCAGUAGCAACUGCUGCUGCCGUGGCACCAAAAAGGCCGUGAGCUUUAGUGACAAUCUCUGUAAAGGACUGAGUAGCGACCAUCGGACGCCCGCGACAUGUGGAUGUCGCAAUUUCGCUUUGAACCUGCAAGACUGUAUGACGCCCACUCCUGGCAGUAUAGCAAGCGGGGGCUCGCGCGGUUUUGCCGGAAUUGCCAUGGGCAUGCCUUUUAGGGAACACACUCCUCAGGGCCUCUCUCCAUCAGGCUUUGUUUCGCCGCUAACGCAUUCGCAGCACGAACUUGUUACUGCGAAGCGACACCUACUCGAUUCUAUCUACACAGCGAUACGCCAGGUGGUUGACGCUUACGGAAGGGACAAAGAACGCGAUGCCAAGAUGCAGCUAUUAUCCGAUGACAGUGAGGCGGGACGUGAGGUCUCGCGUGGUCUACUGCCUGCUCUCGAGCGUCUACUCGAAGACGGCUUGCUCCCCCAUGUGCGCGGACUGUUCGGCCCUUUGCCAAACUCCAAAUGGCACCUGGUCGAGUCCAUGGUACAGACUAAGGAGGGCCGUAAAGAAGUUCGUGAGUUACUCGACUACAUCCAUUCGGUGAACGCGGCAUUGGAUGAAGGCGCGAAGUUCCGCUGCUUUGCGCUCGGUCUCGUCAACCUCGGCUGUCUCGACGCCUGGAUCACGCUAUUGCUGGCCACGGCAUCCGUACAGCAUAAGCACUAUCAAACCUCGGCGUUCUUGCCACUGUUGUCCCACUAUUCGUUCUUCUUCCUGCAGGAGGAGCUUGUGUCCAACCUGCGGGUCCUCAGCGAGCUGCCCUUCGCUUUCAACCUCAACAUGGCGGCCAAGCUUCGACCCCAUCAGCAAGGAACAAAAGAGACGCGCAGCGUAUCCACUGGUCGCCUGCGAUCCUCCCGUCCGGCAACACCCUUGAGCUUUCCGAGGUUGCCACCUGGAAUGUUGAAAGGUGUUACCACCCUAGCGUCUGCAGCUGGCACCACUUUAGAAUCUUCCCCGGCAUGUGAACCAGUUGCUUCUACAAGACAGCCAAGUCCUGGUCCCGAUUCAUUGCUCAUUGCUUGCGGAUCUACACGGCCCUCAAAGAGGGACUCAAUCCGACGAGCCAAGACCGAACUUUCUGCUGCUCUACAGGGACGCGCGCGGCCGGUAUCGUACCCGGCGGCUGUGAAGAAGGAGCCCGAGCCGCCGAAGAAGGACACGCAGAAGUUCCGCCAGCUGAGGAACCAAUGGGAAAAGAUGAGUGGGCUGGCGCUGCCGAACCGCCAACAUCAACAGCCGAUCACGGCAACAACGGUGCCUUCAACCACAGGCGCUGCAGGUGCAGCUAGCAAUCCUCGAGUGCAUCAGGCGGAUAAUCUUCGAAGUAACCGCCAUUCUCAACCUGCAGCCCGACAUUUGCCUGCACAGAAGACUCAAAGCAGUCCUCAACGAGGUUUUAGUGCUACGACAGCCAAGAGGAAUGCCUCGACUGCAUCCAGCGUGGCCUCCACUGCGUCGACUGUUAAGGCGAGCUCCGCCGGAUCUGAGAGAGACCCCAACAGCGUUGUGCUUGUCAGGAAGAGUCUGAUCCCGAUUAGGGGCUGGUCCUCGAAGGGCACCGUCCACCAGGAUCGAGCCCAUGGCAAAGCAAAGUGAAACUGAAAAACCUAAACAGAGUACGUGGACUAAUCACUCAGGUACCACGCACAGAGUUCGGGGCGGCAUUCAGGGCGACGAUCAACAUGACAGCAAAUAUAUACCCGCACCUAAGUACGGCUACAUAUAAAGACAUCUAUAUAGGAAAAUAGAUGACGAUGCAAAAAUUGGUGUAGACGAAACGACAAGGUUAAUUAUGACGACUAUAGCAGAACCCUAUUAGAACUCUUCUGGAUCUUGAGAAAAACGCUGCUGGUUGAGAAAUAGCAGGUACCGUACCGAUGCUACCCUGAACGAUAAUAAUUCGGGCUUCAUCAUGAAGAUAGCAGCAUGGCCUAGCAUGAAGAGCAACUACAACCCCAGCAGCGAAGAACUACCUUCCAUAUACAUAUAUAAUAGUUUGCCAAUCACAAGAAUAGAUAUUAUCAUUUAUCGUAACGAUACUCUCAUCGAGUUAUUUCGCUUUAUUGCUAUAGAGAUGCCAGCGGUGAUAAGGCCUCAAUAAUUAUGUCAUGACUAUACUGCUAUUCUGCGCUACUUGAAGAUCUACUAUAUGAUAAUUCUUAAAAUGGCAAAGUUGCGGACUGAUGUUGAAGCGGUGGUUGUUGAGGACGCAGCAUCGCAAGGUGGAGGUCAGACGUAGAGAAUCCAAGUAUAAAGAAGUUCCCUUGCCAAAUGAUUUUCUUCCCGGGUAACUAUCAGUACGUAAUUUCAAUAAUGAUGUGAGACGGUCAGACCAUGUGAAAUUGCGGAGGGAGUGAUCGAGAACGAGCAAACACCGAAGGACCAACAACCACGUGAGAUCACAUUGAGGUUGAGAUUCAAUCUCGAAACACAAGGUUUUCCAUUAAACUUCAAUCGAGCAAAGGAAACCUCGUAUCGCCAAAAGACAAGGCCUGAAUUAUUGAUGCGGAUGAAAAUGAUUCGACACUGUUGAAGGUUAGGAAUGUUAGGAUGAGCAACUGAUUAAAUGAUUAUCUUCAAGUGCCGCCCCCUAAACUCUACUACAGCAAAAACCAUCUACUCCCAUAUAUAUAUUAUGGAUAAUUACAACAAUUACGAGAACUGCUAUUAAUAUGAUAAGUUAUUAUUAUUGUAACUUGUACAUACAAACACACUUUAUUCUGUACCCAUAGCAAAACAGACCCAGGAGCCAUAAAUACCUGAGACACAUCCCAAAAUCUCCUUGAAUCCUAUACUAACACAGCAUAUUAUAAAAGGACAAUACAUAUGAACGCUACGGGUGUUCUAGUUCCAUUUUCCUAACGUGGCGGUAGACGGGGCCCAUUUCACCAGCCGAAGUAUUUCCAUUAGAGCGUAGUAUUUCGGUCCGGCAGAAACGGACGAAUAUUUUUAAUUGGCAUGAUAUACGUUCGUAGACAGCCCUACUGUGUAAGCCCUACCCACCUUUAUCACUCAUAAAGGAAUGGCACCAUAAUGAGUUCGCUUUUCUCUACUAAACAGGCACGAACAUACCCCAGACUAUAUACAUAGUUAUGAUUACCAUUUGCUAGAGCCCAUCGCAAGUAACGGGUGAUCAAUGAAGAGAAAUUUCCACGGAGUAGGUAUAUUGAGGCUAUGAUAUGUUGGUGGUAAAAGUGCAUUGUCAGCCACCAAAUGAAAAGUAUGUUUGUGCUGUUACUAAAAACGCAACGACCAGCCAUGCGGAACAGAGAGCACGACAACGUCAAAAACCAUAUUUUUCGAUUGGACCUCUGUUUUCACAGUCGUUGAUAAAGUUCACAUCUGGCGUGCAUUGUACACCGGAACGGAAGGAUUAAUCCCAAAUAGUCAGGAAGAGACGACAAGGCAUGGCAAGUCGAGUUGAGUUCAAAGAAUUAAAAAAUCUUCGUUCCUUUCUAAAUUGAAUCUAUAUUUUGCAGUUUAACUGCUAGAUAGACGCGCCACUACUAUUGCAAAAAAAAAAAAAAACUGAAAUUGUCCCUUGUAAACAGUCUCACUAUUUUGCUAAUGCCGUUAUUAUUGUUGUUAUUAUUAUUGUAAGACGACCUUUGUUGUAUAGCAGUUUUGCUGAUACAACUACUAUCAAAUAGAGUAACUAACGCUCACAAGCUCUACCCUCCGUACAGUUCCGUGUAUUGAGUAUGGUCGAAUCGCUUCAACGUAGCUUAGAUUGGGCCAGACUGCCACACAACUCACGAGCCCCAGCUGCCUACCUGCGAACAGGAUAAGAUACAUGGUAAUAAUAAUUAUAAUGACAGUAAACAAAAGUAGGGCCGCUGAUUCAAUUUCGACGACAGCAACAAAAAAAUAACUCUAUCUCAAUAUAAUCGAUAGAAACAUAAUAACAAUAAUGAUAAUAUCGUUAAUCGGAUGCAAUGCACUCACAUACCCAUAUACAGACACCGAGAUGGGCAUCAACGUAGAGCUAUCUAACAACCGGUAGAGAGCAGCAGAUCAAGGGGAUUAAGUGCUCCUAAGGGCGAGCAAAAGUCGUUAGUCGAAAUAAGCGCCAAACGGUGUGGCUAAUGCUUUGGGUAAUUAGCAUAAACGACGUACAUUUCACAGGCCAGGCACGUUUAUCAUAGGCCAAAGUUUGUGUAGUUACCUUAGCAGUUUGCGCAUUAAAUAACUUGAUUUGUGCGGAAGAAAAAGGCUUGGGAAGACAAUUCCCCUGGAAAUUCGAAUUUAUUACUUCCGCUUUAUGGACCCAUGUUGUCGAAAACGAGAAUUUCGAAUUGCGUACUAAAUUUACGUGGCGUAUGGAACAACCCCUGGCCUAUGAAAAAUACUCGGAGGUACAUUGUAGACUGUACGACUUAUUGAUCACAUAGAUCGGAAGCUGAAAAUAGCGAUGGAUCAGGAUUCCCGGUGAAGACCAUGAAGAUGUGCUUGGGAUAGAGAAUCGCUGAACGACUCAUUUGCUUUGUUUAGCUAUUUUUAAACAAAUAGUUUAAGUGGGUUUUGACGUAACACGUUUGUUGCUUAUACAUGUAGAUAUGAUUACAAGGGUAAUAACAAUAGGCGACAACAGGCGGGUACUUUUUUCGGGGCUUCGACGGCACAUUGUCCUGCCUUUCCGCAAAGGAUUAGCGGAAAGGGAUCUUAAGUCAAGCACCGUCGAAGACUUGGACCGCCUUUUGAAAUGAUACUAGGAGAUAACAACGGGGAUCUGUGUUUGGUAUGGCCGAGCGAUUUUAAAUCUGGCCUUUUGGCCAAGUAAAAAAAAUCUUGCAGUACAAGUUGGUUCUAUAUAGUUCUGCUUGAAUAGGUCAUUCAGCUGUAAUACUUUGUAAACAAGACAUAUGGCACAAAAAAUAUAGUCCUAAGGAAUGCCCGUUUAGUGUAUGAGCCCCAACGAGUAAAGCCUUCGUGAAACCAACCAGUGCACUACCGUAUAACGUCAUAGGGACGGAAUGACCGAUACAGAUCUACGAUAAAAUCUCCGUAAACUUGUUUCGUUUGUGAUACCUGACAUGUCGACUAACAAGCAUUACACCAUCAGCCAUAUUCCCGCUUCCAGGACUCUACUACCAACGAGCAACUGGGGUUUUUAUUAGACCUGUACUUCCAUAGACGCCUCCACAUGAUUUUUUAUCGACAAUGAUAUAUAUAUAUAUAGACAGAGGCAAAUCUUUACAGGAAGAAGUCUUCAUAAAAGUACCCCCGCAGUACGAUCGUUGUGAUACGUGUGAAAUCAAUAAAAAGCAGUAACCUUUAAAUAUAGACGGAGUAACGACAUCAACUGACCAAAGAGGCGUUGAUUACAUUACAGACACAUCGAAAUUAGUUCAGUACCAAAUACCGAUAUGUUACUAUCUUAGGCCUAUAUUUUAUAUACCUCUUUUCCUUUGUGAGUAAGAAGCUGUUUCAUCUAGCAUUUACCGACACAGUUUGUUUUGGUAAAACUGAAUGCCCUGCGUCAAAACAACUAGCGCGAAUAGCGGCGGCACAAGGUGUCGCCGAAUAUCCUACCCGGUUGAAUUAUACGCUUUACUAUAUACUUUAUUGUGAAUACACGCUGAUCGUACAACAGCUGAUUAAUUCCCAGCAAACGACAGAUUGCGACCAACCAAAUACGAUCACAGUAUUAUUAGCUGGUCUGUUCUUUCUUAUAGAGAAUAGGAAUGGGAUUUUCACCGUACCUUAAUCUCUUCUGCCUCCCCGAAGCCCCUCGGUAAAUCUCGUAGCGUCCAUGAUUUUUGUUUGUGAGCGAUGGCUGAUGGUCAACGUUGAAUAAUAACAAAUGAAUAUUAACAAAAAUAUUACAACUACAAAAUAAUUUCUAGAUUACUGAAUAAUAUUUUAUGAGCCAAGAAUAUAACAGUCGGAAAUACAAAUAGAAUAAACGCACUCACCGUAAAAAAUCUACGGAAGCCAUCGUAACGCAAAUAUUCCAGCGGAAUGAGGAACUUAAGCCAGACAGAGAUGCUGGUAUGCUGCAGAUAUAACAAAACCAUAGGAAGUUGGACCUCGUAAGAAGCUUUCCAUUAUAUUAACGGGUUUUAUCAUUCUGGUGGUUGAUAGUUUGACGAUAAUGGUAUUGAAUAUAGUAAAUAUGUUAAUUAUUAUUAUUAUUAUAAUUGAUGGAAUUAAGCCGAUGUCAUUAAGAAUGAGGUAGCGGGUAAUACAGACACCAAGAACAUCAUUAUAUAACGACAGCUGUAGCAAUGACAAAGUAGUCAUAACAUUGAUAUAUAUAUAUACAUGAGGGAUUAUUUAUACGAAUUGAGUGUGUCUUCCUGAAACUGCAAUGAAAAAUGUAAGAGGAAGGCAGUAACAUGAAACAGCUUAACGGAAAAAAAAUCCUACCACCAGAUGUUUUCGUCGACCGGUGGCUUAUGCUGCGAGGGUGUUGUCCUGGGGGGGGGGGGGGGGGGGGGUGAGUUGGCUGGGUCACUAAAACAAAAGUCCCCCAACACAAACAAAUGCUACUGCUGUUACGAACGGCUCGCAAUGAUUGAAACAUUGAAAACUACUUGCAGAUGUAGCAGCAGCAGCAGCAGCAGCUGAAGCAAAAAGGCUUAGCGGCUAUGAGAACUAAAUCUUAGUAGAUAAGAUGAUGAUAGUUAGGUAAAAUAGACGAAACGAAGUCAGGCCACACGAAAGCAGAAAGUAACGGCAGAAAAAAAAUAUGUUUAGAAACAACGUGUUUUCCUGUUCCGUUUUUACUACUUUGUUAUUGUAACUAUUAUUAAGUGGAAGAUAGAAAACAACAUAAACAUACAACAACAUGAAGAUAAAGUGGACAAUUAUUACUAUUUAUAUAUAUAUGACAAUGUUGUCGAUGAUGUCGAAUAAUAUAUUGUGCAAAAUGAAAACAAAAGCGGGCAAACAGAAAUCAAAUGUAAUAUUCUGCUUGAUCAUGGUUAAGAAGUGGUUAACCGCUGUGUGCAAAAAAAUAGAAGCAGAACAAAAAAAAAAUGCAAAAAAAAAAACUUAAGAAAUGUGGAAAUUUUGCGAAGUAAUUGCCAGCGAUGAGCCUCGUUGACCACCUGGCAAACAGACGUACAGGGAAAGGAAGCACGGAGUUCAACACAUGACACCGAUGAUAAUAAUGAAUAGAUCUAACGGAUAUUUAGAAAAACCGACAAAAAAUUUAACGUGGACCCCACAUAGAACUGAAGUGAGCUAAAGAUCGACCGAAAAGUGUUACGUGGCUAAUCAUGGGACGUAAAUAAAUGACAGGAUGAAUUAAUGGAAAACCACCCUUAAGAACCGCCACACCAAUGUAAAGAAAUACAUAAACGGAAAUAAAAUUAGAGGGUAUAAAUGUCAACUUGAAAAAAUC